AUGUCAAAGCAAUUAAUUCACUUCUAGCCAGAGCAUUAAGAACUGCUGAAGAAGUACUUAAAUUUCUUCAGUCUCAAGAAGGAAUAAUGCAAUAAGCAGAUCUAAUUGGCAAUAGAAGACGUCGAGGAGGAUUGUCUUAAAUCAGCAUUCUUUACCAAGAGUGAUGUGUAAAGCACCUUUGAUAAUUUGAAGGAAGAGAUGUAUUCUACAGUCAAACAAGAGCUUGAGAUGUUCUAUAGAAUGUCUGGAGUUUUUAUUCAAAUGAUGAUGCAUGAUGCUGAAUAAUAAAAUUCUACUUUGAAGGCUGAUGUGAACUAUAUGGAAAAUUACAAAGCCUUAGAAGACAUAAAGGACUUUGAAAACCUUUAACUUGCAUCAAGUGGAUUCUCUCUUUAAAAGAAGGCGACUAUCACUUCAAAGCUGCCUACUUUAGGAACAGCUUUUGUCGAUCCUAAUAUCGCUAAUGAAAAUUAAGCUUUGAAACAGGAAAAUGAGAACUUCAAGAGAAUGAUCAAGGAACUAUAAGCCAAAUUAACGAAUGCCUUAUAAAGUAGAAGUUAAGCCUCAGAGUAAAUAGAUACUCACAAAGAAUAAUCAAAUUAUUAAGUGAUAGAACUAGAGAAUUAACUUAUAUUAGCAGAGGAAGAAAAAAGUCAAGCGAAGGAGCAAGCAGAAAAUCUUAGACAGGAACUAUUUAAUGUCAAAGAUGAACUUAAGAAAAAGGUCAAUCAACUUACACAAGUCACAAACAUGAAGAAAAUGAUUCAAGAUAAAAAUUCAAAGAUUAAAACAUUAAGAGAUAGACUGGGCAAGUACGAGAGUGUGGACGAAGAUGAUGAAUGA